AUUUUCUUGGUUCGGAUUAUCCAAUUCCUUUCAUGUCCCAAAUUCCUUAGAUCUCUUAAACUGUGAAGUUACAUUUCUGAAUUUUCUCUAUUUAUCAUAACAUUGCAACACAGGCAUUUUCCUCUAAUUCAUCAUUGUUCUUUGUGAGUCUUCUGGUUUGUAUUUUGAGAUCAGAUGGGGGAAAGGACAGAAUCGCAGUACGUGAAGCUGACGAAGGAUCAAGUUCCUUUGGAAGAUAUCACGCCUGGUGAACUGAAUCAGCCAAUUGAGGUCCCUCAGUUGGCUGUUCACAAGUGCCUGGAAUGUGGGCAGCCAUUACCUGAAAGCUAUACACCUCCUGCUGAUGAAGCUUGGAUGACUGGGAUCUUUGGAUGUGCUGAAGAUAGGGAAAAUUGCUUGACAGGGCUGUUUUGUCCUUGUGUAUUAUUUGGGCGCAAUGUAGAAAGCUUGCAUGAAGAAACUCCUUGGACUGGACCAUGCGUUUGUCAUGCUAUUUUCAUCGAGGGUGGCAUUGCUCUGGCAAGCGCAACUGCAAUGUUCAGUGGUUACAUUGAUCCAGGGACAUCAUUUCUCAUUCUUGAAGGCUUGUUUUUUACCUGGUGGAUGUGUGGCAUUUACACUGGUCAGGUUCGGCAAAACUUACAGAAGAAGUAUCACUUGAAGAACUCACCUUGUGAUCCAUGUUGUGUACACUGCUGCAUGCACUGGUGUGCCUUGUGUCAAGAGCAUAGGGAGAUGCAGGGAAGGCUCUCUGACAAUGCUUUCUCAGGGACAACCAUUGUAAGUGCUCCUCCUCCCAUUCAAGAGAUGAAGUCUAGUGAUAACAAGGACAAUCCUGAAACCUCUUCUUCUUCUGACAAGAACCAUGAGCAUACUGGUUUGGAACUGCAAGUUUUAUAGGGUGUUGCUGUUACCCUUGUUAAUAUCCAAAAACAAUGACAUGUAGUUUGAAAUUUUGCUUGCUAGAGAAUAACUUUCUUGCACCUUUGCUUUGAGUUGAGUUCUCUGUGUUACAUUGGCCUUGUGGGUCACACAUAAACCACACCUCUGCUCUCUAGUGCCAACUUCAAUUGAGUUCACACAUUAUUUAAGUCAAACUACUCUUGACUUCUUCUUUUGUUGGCCAUGUAAGUUUCUUGAAAGAUGAUGCUCUAUUCACA